AUGGCCGGCGCGUUCCGCGAGGGCGGCGAGGAGGCGGGGGCUCCUCCUCCUCUCCCUCCUGCCACUGGUCUCGCCAAGUACAUCUCGCUGGGCACGGCCCCCCCGGCGGGGGAGCCCAGGCACGCGCGCCACGCCGAGCUGCGGCGGGCGCUCCAGGCGGGCGACCCGCCGGAGGAGCUCCGGCGGGUCCGCGACAGCGUCGCCGAGUCCUCCGGCAAGGCCAGGGACAAGGUGCGGUCGCUGGAGGACGCGAUCCAGAAGAUCGAAAAGUACAAGAACGUCGUCACGCGCAGGCGGCAGAGGAGCGAUGCCGGCGCCGUCAAGCCGGCGCCGCCACCCGCUGCCCCUGUCGGCGCGGCGUCCAGACCCGGUGCUCAGGGAUACAACAACACCUCCCUGGGGGCAAUUAGCAAGCGCAUGCGCUCCUCGAUGUCGGACGGACGGUUGGAAGGACGUGGUAGUGUUCCAACAAGGCAAGGUCCUCUAGCUAAUAGUGCUAAAACUUCACCACUGGAGAAGGAAAAGACUUGUGCAAGAACAUCUGUUGCAGUAUCGGAGUUGUCUGAGGACAAAUCACAGGACUCACCUAAAGUAAAGCGCAAGCGCUCUCUGGGAACAAUGCUCAGUAGAAGCAAUGAUGCUGAUCGAGAUGUUAAACCUGUGGGUCAAAGCAGGCCAGCCAACGAAGCACGCCCGCGGUCUAGUGAUGGUCUUGCGUUCAGACAUGGAGCUUCUGCCGGAGCAGUAGCAGGUAGCAAGAUGGAUAGCAGUUUUCAGCAGAAUAACAUUGGGUCGCGUAUUCUAUCCAAGAUUGAUGUUGAUUAUGCCAGUCUGCCAAAUGAAAGAAGAAUCCGGCAUGCUGGACCUGGAAAGGAGCGUGCUAUGAUAAAAGGAAACAAGGUACAUACUUCUGAUACAAACUUAAGUCCCUCGCCCAAGACUAAAGCAUGCAGGUCACCAAGAACAAGUUCAGUUGUCAUGCCCCCCUUCCAACGUUCAGCUGGAGUAAGCGAUGAAUGCGAAGAAGCACCUUGUUCAAAUAAAGCCUCACCUUUGAGAAGCAUGACAAACCGCAAACGUUCAGGUGGUUCGAUACCUUCAAAUGCGUCCACACCUCCGAUUGCUUGGGUUGGUCAGCGCCCACAGAAAAUUUCGCGGACAAGGAGAGCGAAUGUAGUGUCUCCAGUCUCAAAUUUAGAUGAAGCCUUAUCUGAUGGAUCUCCACUUGAUACUGCUGCUAGGUCAUCUACUGAGUUAUGCGGUGUUUUGCUUCCAAAAAAUGUAACUGGCAGUAAUUCACAAAAGGUAGCCAAGAUUGAUAACAUGUCAUCUCCUGUUGGGUUGUUUGAAAGUGGGCGGCUCGCUGCUACCGAAAGCAAAGCUAAGGAGAAAGUUAAGAAUAGUGGUGAGAUGGAGAAUGAGGAGGCAACUGCUGUUCACAAUGCAACAGGAUCAAUUGUUUCAUCAAAUAGGGCACCUUCCAAAGAAAAGCCUGAACAUGGAGCUGUUCUUCAGCAUGGGAGGAGCGGAAGAGGUUCUAUGGACUUGAAAGGGUGCUCUUCAAUAUCAGAAGAAAAUUUGGAUGCUACAGGAACAAGAAAACCACUAAAAUGUGGAAGAGCUGGAGAAGAAAAUAAUGAAAGUAAAGUGGGGCACUCCAUGAUGGCUAAACCUUCUGACUGCAAAACUUCACCCAGUCACGAACAGAUUCUGAAUUGCAAGCCUACAGUUAUACCAGUUGAACCAGACGGUGACCUAGAGGAGCUUUUAGCUGCUGCAAAUGCUGCUCGCAGUGCUAUCAUUGGUGCAUAUUCUGGACCUUUUUGGAAGGAGAUGGAGCCAAUGCUAACUUUCAUAAGCUCUGAAAAUCUGGCUUUCUUAGAGCACCAGAUUGACCUUGUGGAAGAGCUUGAGAUGAACAUGUCCUAUGGUGGACAUAAUGUCAUAGCAUCCACCGACUACAUCAAACCACAAACAAUGGAGGAGAUUUCUUCUCAGGUGCUGGCUGCAUCUGAUUCAUCUCUCUCGUCUGAGCUAAGCAAAACCAGUGGAGUUAGAACAAAAGGACCUGUCAGAACUUGUAUCCCUUUCGAGGAAAACCACAUCAAUGGGACACAAAAUGUAGAACCCAAUGAGUGGUUUCAUGAGAUGGCCCCGAUGGCACACAGACUCCUUUCAGCUUUAAUCAUGGAAGAUAAUUUUUCUGGCCCCAGUGACGUGCAAAGAGAUAUGUUUGCAGCUAGCCAUAUUUCCUGCACUGCCGACAGAUACCUAACUAAUGAACUUCAAGUCAGUGACCUAACAUAUAAUUCUGGGUUGAGUGUGGAUUUUACACAUUCAAGCAAUUCUUCUGUGGUAAACCAGAGCCUGUGCGAUGGAUACACAGCUUCGAGCAAUUUCAUGAGCUCCAGUAGUCAAAUUUCGAUCCAUUGCGAGAGUUUAUCAGAUGGAUUCAGUGGUGCUGUACACCCAGAAUAUGGCCCUUUGCAUGACUUAAUACCACAGAUUUCACAGCAGUGUGGAAAUUCCAGGAAAAAUAUCUCUAUACCUCCACAUGAAUAUCAGUACAGGCAGAUGUCUAUGGAUGAUAAGAUUCUGAUUGAGCUGGAAAGUAUUGGCAUUUGUCUGGAGACAGUGCCAAAUCUAGAUGAUGAAGGGGAUGAAGACAUCAAUAAGAUGAUUUCAGAACUAAGGAGGAGGCUACAUGAUCAGUUGAAGGAAAAGAAAUAUGGAUUGCAUAAGUUAGACAAAGCAAUUCAAGAUACAAAAAGUAUCGAGGAGAGGAGCUUAGAGCAACAUGCAUUGAACAAACUGGUUGAAAGCGCGUACAGUAAACUUCAGGGUGUGGAGGCUGUGGAGGGUACGCGAGCCGGUUCUCGUCAGAAGGCUGUUGUCAGUAGGACUGAGAAAGAACUAGCAUUUUCGUCGGCCUUUGCGAGACGCACCCUUGCCCGAUGCCAGAGAUUCGAGGGAACGAAGAGGAGCUGCUUCAGAAAGCCUUCUCUUUGGAGCGUGCUAUCUGCACCCUUCCCAAUCAGCGACGCAAAGUCCACAGAAGGUGUUACAACAAGAUCAAAAAAGGGCAAGAGGGAAAGGGACCGCAGCAGAGAAGCAUCGGCAAAGGGCUCCGGUGGAAGAUCAGGGCGCCGUUCGUCAGGCAGCGGGAGGAGCGGUGACCGCAGAAACAAGACAAAGUCAAAGCAGAAGCUGGUGCAGCUAUCAGCCUCCGGCGACGUCCUCGGCAGAGCCACCGAGCCAUCUCCAGCACCGGCAGCGCAGGAGCACCCUGAACCGCCGGUAGGCCCCUCAGGCGCAGCGACAGUCGCCCGGCAAUUUAGAACCGCUCCCGGGAAUGCCGCCCAGCGAUCCGCCCAUCCCGUGAUGCCAGCAAGCCUGCCUGGACUAGACGACGACAUGCUGGACGUCCCGGUGGGUCUCGACGUGCAGGAAGGCGGUGAUUUCAGCUCGUGGUUCCCUGAUGGACUUGAUGAUUCGUUGCCGCAGGACUGCGACUUCUCGGGCGUCCUGGAGGUCCCAGACGACGACCUGACUCAGCUGGGGUUCAUGUGA